AUGGCGCGUGGUAAGGUAGUGGAGAAGCCCAGUAACCCGGACGAGCUCAUACUGGAAGCCUGGGCCCAAGGCUAUCUGGUUGGGUCGCUGGUGAUUAUGUCAUUCAUUACGCUGGCAAACAUGAGACGAGGAGUGUUGUUGCAUAAGUUAAUUCUUCUCGAACUAAUUCUUGGCCUCUGGCAAGGAUUCUGGCUUUUUUUCAAGUCUCCCGUCCACGCUUGGUGGCUUUCCGUUGCCGCAAUCUUAUUAAACGCUUCCUGGUCGCUUCACAAUGUCAUUGCCUGGAUGAAAAUCAAGCCCUUCCUUUCCAAACCUGUCAGCUACAUAUUUAUCGGCACCGUCAUUCUUGCACAACCAUACUGGGUCUUGGAAAUAUACGCAAACUUCGCCUACUUCCACGGCGUUAAUGACCUCUUCCUCAGGACACGGCCUUGGGAGGCACUAUGCCGUGAUCCAUGGUGGAUACUAACUACCCUCUACCUCUUCUGGGUCAUCAAGACCCAAUAUGAGAUGACCGUCAAGGAGAUCGUUCGCAUUUCGCCACGCUUUGCUGUCAUGCUGCUUGCCAUGAUUCUGAGCAUCAUCUUCAUUGUAUUGGAUAUAUUAUCCGUCACGAAAGUGAUACAACUCUCGGGUCGUACUGGCAUCAAUCCGUUCUGGAAGUUAGCUUUCGUGUUCAAAUGCUUGACCGACUCGGUCGUGCUGGAUGACUUCAAGAUGGCAUUGGAUCGGUUACGGGCGUUCAAGAUCAGCCGUCUAGGCAGUUUCUCUGGAGACUUGAGCGACAGUCGCAGUCGCAACGACAACAACCUUGUCGCUACAUGGGAAGAAAUGGAGCGGGAGGCAAACGUCCUGCAAGAAGUUCGCAGCCCGGACGGCGACUACAUCCACCCCAGCAACUUCGUUUCCAAGCCAAAACGGGCACGAAGACCCCACAAGGAUUCGGUAGUCUCCCCGGAUCACGUUCACUGGCGCGAUUCGAAUGCUGGCCUCGCGCCCGAAGACAUUGUGCCCAGUGCGUUGGAAGACAACAAGCCCACAACAACUACGGAGCAUCCUACAAAACCUAUACAAAAAAAGCAUCAGCGCCACUACGUUGACGAUGUAGAAAGUGGCGAUUCAGAAGACAUGAUUGCCGAAAUCGACUACGCUGAGGCAAUGAGAGAAGUGCAGCGCGACAGCGCAUCCUCGAAUCGUCGAACCAGCCAUUCUCCUCGCCGAACUACGCGAAACUGA